GAACUUGUGUGGUCAUGAAAUAGGCAUAUUUGAAAUGUUCAAGAGGGCAGUCAGUGUUUGCAGUGAAUUAAAAGCCACCAGAUCUUUUCAUAAAGCUCUUCAGUUGAAUCAGGAAUUUGAGAAUCCAAUUUCAAGAACAUUGAGAAUAUUAACGGAUGAUAUACGUAAUAAGAAAAAAGAAAUUCUCAGAGAUGAAUAUACACCAUCUCUAUCAAGAGGUUUUCCACGACAAGCAGAUGUAGUGAUAAUAGGUGGAGGUGCGAUAGGCAGUUCUAUAGCAUAUUGGCUAAAGGAAAAAACCAGUUUAGAAGGAAUCAGUGUUGUUGUACUUGAAAAGGAUCCAACGUAUAAAUCAUGUUCCACUGCCUUAUCUGUGGGGGGACUGAGACAACAAUUCUCAUUGCCAGAAAAUAUUCAGAUGUCCCUUUAUGGUGCAGAGUUCUUGAGGACUCUGAAAAAAAGAUUUGGACCAACAGCUGAUGUCAAUUUCCACCCUCAUGGCUACCUGUUACUAGCAAGUCAAAAUGGGGCAUCUCAACUUGUAGAUAAUUCUAAAAUACAAAAAGAACUAGGAGCUGUGAACAUAUUACUCAGCAAAGAAAAUCUAAAAGAAAGAUUUCCCUACCUAGACGUUUCUGAUGUUGAACUUGGUUGUUUGGGCUUGGAAAAAGAAGGAUGGUUUGAUCCAUGGUCUCUUCUCAGCUUGCUUAAAAAAGGUGCCACACAAUUAGGCGCCCAAUAUAUCCAUGGUGAGGCUGUAGAUUUCACAUUUCAUGAACAGACCGACAUAAUUGUGGAAGGUGUAGAAACUGGAAAUUAUCAAGCCACUAACGAGUUAGUUGUUAAACUACCAAAUGAAGAUGAAUGUAGGACUCUCGAAUUUUCUAUUUGUAUCAUAGCUGCCGGAUGUGAGUCCAGGGAAAUAGCGCAACAAGCAAAAAUUGGCGUCGGUGAAGGAAUGCUCUCCGUCCCACUGCCAAUAGAAAGAAGGAAAAGAUAUGUAUAUUCUUUCAACUGCCAACAAAAUGCUCCCAGUAUAAACACUCCUAUGGUUAUCGAUUACUCAGGAAUGUAUUUCAGACGGGACGGAUUGGGGGGUUCUUUCAUUGCAGGAAUGUCACCUGAACUAGAUGAUGAACCUCCUACGAAUAAUUUAGACGUAGAUUUCUCCUAUUUUGAUGAUAAAAUUUGGCCUGUCUUGUCCAAAAGGGUUCCUGCCUUUGAAGCCAUAAAGGUUACAAAUGGAUGGAGUGGCUUUUAUGAAUACAAUACCUAUGAUAUGAAUGGUAUAAUUGGUCCUCAUCCAUAUUACUCAAGCAUUUAUAUAGCAUCAGGAUUUAGCGGCCAUGGUAUACAACAGGCGCCUGCGGUUGGAAGAGCUAUUGCUGAAUUAAUUUUGGAUGGCCGUUUCAUGACCAUAGAUCUAACAAGAUUAGGAUUUGAUAGAUUAAUUGUUGAUCAACCAGCUCUAGAAUCAGAAAUAAUAUAGUGACAGCAUUGUGACACUCAUAACCGGAAGAUCGAAGUGCACAAAAUCGACUUGUUGGAUGGUUAUAAAAAAGAAUAUGACGCUGGCGAGAUUUUUCUUCUUUCAAAUAUGAAAGGACAGCCUCAUAAUUGUAUGCUUUUGCAGAAAAAAAGCACUCAUUAAUAUAAAUGCUAUAUCCAUACAUUGAAAUACAAUAUUUUUUAUUGAUAUUGAAAUGAAUCAUAUAAAGUGUAGUGUGUAUGUAUAGGAAAUAUAGAAAAGGUAUACCUAUAUAGAACAAUGGG